GCCUACUUCCUCACCGCAGCCAGCAACAGAACAGCUCGCGAGCUCUAAGCCGAAGUAGCAGGAAACCCAUCCUCGGUGCUCAUCAAUGGCCGCUUCCACCAUGUCGCUCUCCUCUCCUGCUCUCGCCGGCAAGGCGGCGAAGAUCGCCCCCUCCAGCGUGUUCGGCGAGGGCCGCGUCACGAUGCGCAAGACGGCCGCCAAGGCCAAGCCCGCCGCGGCGUCCGGCAGCCCGUGGUACGGCCCGGACCGCGUCCUCUACCUCGGCCCGCUGUCCGGCGAGCCGCCGUCCUACCUCACCGGCGAGUUCCCGGGGGACUACGGCUGGGACACUGCGGGGCUCUCGGCUGACCCCGAGACGUUCGCCAAGAACAGGGAGCUUGAGGUGAUCCACUGCCGGUGGGCCAUGCUCGGCGCGCUCGGCUGCGUCUUCCCCGAGCUCCUCGCCCGCAACGGCGUCAAGUUCGGCGAGGCCGUCUGGUUCAAGGCCGGCGCCCAGAUCUUCAGCGAAGGCGGCCUGGACUACCUGGGCAACCCCAGCCUCGUGCACGCACAGAGCAUCCUCGCCAUCUGGGCAUGCCAGGUUGUGUUGAUGGGAGCCGUGGAGGGGUACAGGGUUGCCGGCGGGCCGCUCGGCGAGGUGGUGGACCCGUUGUACCCUGGAGGGAGCUUCGACCCGCUGGGACUCGCCGACGACCCGGAGAAGUUCGCGGAGCUGAAGGUGAAGGAGAUCAAGAACGGCCGCCUCGCCAUGUUCUCCAUGUUCGGGUUCUUCGUCCAGGCCAUCGUCACCGGCAAGGGGCCCCUGGAGAACCUGGCCGACCACAUCGCCGACCCCGUUAGCAACAAUGCCUGGGCGUACGCCACCAACUUCGUCCCCGGAAACUGAUGAUCCAUUGAGGAUUUUAUUCGAGGCAGUUCCCACUGCGAGUGCGAACGUGGCGCCCUGAUCCCAUCGCUUCAAAGUUCAGAUUGCAUGCAGAAGAGCAAUCGGACAAUGAGGCCGUGCUACGAUGAGCGCUAGCUGCACCCAGCGCACCCUGUAUUUGUUCUUGCAGAUCGUGUCAUGUACAUUACUUGAUUGGUUCAUGAAGAACAAGGCCAAUGGAUUGAAAUUGAGUAAACCUCAGCCAGCUCUUUGUGCCGUUCA